UUUAUGUGACGCUUGUCUCGGCUGCAAUGGACCGAAAUGCCGAUGAAGGUGAGGAAUAAGUAAAUACCCGUUUUAAAGGGCGGCUGAGACGCGCACGCGCGCGCUCCUGUCAGCCAAAGCGAAAGGCUCGAGGACACCAUGAUCGUUGUGGUGGGGCUUGUGAGGUGCAGAGUCCUGCAGUCGCGUGUUCACCAGUUUCUCGGCAGGUGGGCUUCCCCUGCCCUCACCUGUACAGCUGAGUCACGUGUUAGGGCAGCCUCUAGUGUGAGUGGAACCAGCGGUGGAUGGUAUGGGGGCCUGGCAGACUCUGCUCCGGUUCACCUGUGUGAGAACUUCCUGGUCAGCGUGCAGCAAGGGACCGGGUUGCCAUGGUGGCUGAGCAUCGCUAUGGCAACGGUGUCCAUCAGGACUUUCAUCACCCUGCCACUGGCCGCCUACCAGCUGAUCAUCAUCGCCAAGGUGGAGGCCCUCCAGGCAGAGAUCUCUGAACUGGCCAAGAGGCUUCGCUAUGAGGUUUCAGUCCGAGGCAAAGAAAGAGGCUGGACGGACAAACAGAGCAGGAUCCAGUUCAAGAAGAACCUACGCCGUCUGGUUUCUCAGCUCUACAUCCGGGACAACUGUCACCCCUUUAAAGCUAGUUUGCUGGUGUGGAUCCAGCUGCCUCUCUGGAUCAGUCUGUCUCUGGCCCUUCGGAACCUCAGCGUGGACCAAUCAGCCCUCCAAAGAGAGCUGGCAGCAGGGGGCACUCUCUGGUUCCCGGACCUCACCCUACCGGACUCCACCUGGAUCCUUCCAGUUUGCCUGGGACUCACCAACCUGCUCAUUGUGGAGGUGUUUUCUCUGCAGAGAGUCGGGGCGUCGCGCUUCCAGAAACUGGUUCUGAAUGGGUUCAGAGGGUUCUCAGUUUUAAUGAUCCCCAUCGCCGCCUCCGUCCCAUCUUCCAUGGCACUCUACUGGCUCUGCUCUAGUCUGGUUGGUUUCAGUCACAACCUCCUGCUUCGCUCGCCUACGGUCCACAGAACCCUCAGACUGCCAGCUCAACGAUCAGAAACUCCCUAUAGGGACCUGCUGUCAUCCUUCAUCAAAAAGUACUGGAAGUAGGAAAAGCCUGCCCCCAGUUUAGGACUAGUCUGGGUUCUACUCUGUUUUACAUUCAGUACCAAUCUUGAAUUCAACGGAAAACCUCAUCGCUCUUGGUUCUGAUGGUGCUCUAAUGGAGGAGCUUCAUGUGGAACUUUUUUAAUGUUCUGAUGAUCAGAAACCUGCUCUAACAUCAAGCUUCUGUAGAAAAUUUUUUUUCUUG